AUGGCGACUGGUACGAUUGAAAUGGAUUCCUUGCAGAGGGCCUUCAACCUUUUCAUCCUGGGCCUUCCUAGCAAUGACCUGGAAAGUCUCCUUACCUCCCUCCGCGAUGAUGGAUCUCGUACUGGGUUUGAAACCGAGUUCCUGAGACUCACAAAUGAAGUCCUUACUACCGUCUCUACCAAGGAGGCGCCUGGUAGCCCAAAUUCCUCUGAUAGAAACACCGGCUCCAGCAGCAGCAAAAAGUCGACGGACAAGAAGUUACGUCCUUUGAAUAGUUUCAUUGCCUACCGAAGCUUUUACUCGGCUAUUUUUCCAGACAUAACUCAGAAAACCAAGUCUGGUAUCAUCAAAGACCUGUGGCAAGCCGAUCCCUACAAGGCUAAAUGGGCUAUUUUAGCAAAGGUUUACUCGACGCUCCGUGAUGAUCAUGGACGAAAUGUCACUCUGGAGACUUUCUUGAACUUGACUGUUCCGUUUAUUGGUCUGAUUCAGCCUAAUGAAUACCUGGCAGCCAUGGGCUGCCGAGUCGCGUUCACUGAUGAGCAAAACUACAUAAUCGAAACCAUCUCAUCACCCAGGACUGAUAUCUCCGAGGCAACAAACUACUCUGUUGCUGAUGUUGUCGACUUCUGCUACACGACCGGCUAUGUUCAUGCUGAUGGUACCCAACACGCUAAUCAGUCCGCGACAACUUCUCAGCUUUCAUUUGCCGCACAUUCAAAUGGCAAUAUUCGAACCGACCAGGCAGCCAUUGUAUUGGACAAUGUCAAUCGUGUCAUGCCUCACAAUGGACAAAUUGUUGCGACACAGACUCAGGCCACUACCAGUGAAUUGCUCAGAGUUCGUUACCCCAUGCAGACUCAAGAUGAAAUGGUCGAGAACAUCAGAGCUAAGAUCGAAGAGCUGAGCCAAUACAAUGGUGGUGAUCCAGACAUGUAUGCAGUUUUCAAUCCCGCAGUGCAAGGAUUCCCCGUUUACGAUCCUUUCGCUCACGACCCAUUUGAUGCUUACGACAUCACUGAGAUGCCACUUUGA